GAGAGGGAGAGGAGAGAAGCUAUAUAGUAGUAGUACUACUCGUAGGAACAAAUUAACUGUGUGUUGCCGUGUUAACCAUUCGUUGAGAGACCAACAACACCUCGAUCAAGAUCAACUCGGGUUUUCCCCCGGGGCUCAUGAUGCUGCUUUUUUGGCCUAUUGGGAUCGGGAGCGACGUCGAUCGAACCUAGUGAUGGCAAUAAUACACCAGCUAUCCUCCGAUCCGCCGAGUUGUGGGGUCAACAAGAUCCUGGACCCUCUCCCUCCCUCCCUCUCCCCUUUUCUAUUCCUCUCUCUUGAUCUUGAUUGAAAAAUUCACCUCUCACUCAAUAAGUAGAGAAUCUUCAGCGUCGGAUAUCUCUUGAUUGUCAGCAUCCUCCUCUUCUCCCUUCAUAUAACUCCCUCGACCCACUGCACUCAUCUCAUACUGCAACAAUCCCCAACAAUUCUCUCUCUCUCUCUCUCUCUCUCUCUCAACGCAGACGGAGAGAGACAGCCUCCAAGGAGGAGGAGGAAGAAGAAGAAGAAGAAGACUCCAACGCCUCCCCUGCAGCGUCUGGAGCAAAAUUUCUGGAUCUUCUAGGAACUGGACGGCGCAUGCAACCGCCGCUCCUAAAUCCUAAUUAAGAAAAGGGAGGACAGCAAAAGGAGAGGAGGAGGAAGAGCGAAGUCAUGCAUACAUGCAUGAUGGGGCCUUAGGCUUGUGGUGGUGCCUGUGCGAUCAAAAGCAGAGCACCUGUAGCAGGACAUCAAGAAGUUCUAGACAAUGAAGUACAUGAAGCUUGGGUCAAAGCCUGACACAUUCUACACCGAACAAGCCGUCAGGGUUUACUUAUGGCUUGGCAGGUCAGUAGUGUCAGACAUACCUGCUGAUCUUAUCAUACAUGUCAACAAUACAAAGUAUCAACUGCACAAGUUCCCCCUGCUGCUCAAGUGCGGCCUCCUGCAGCGCCUCUGCUCCGACACGGAGGCCGACGAGCAGCUGCCGGUGCCGGUGGCGCUCCACGACAUCCCGGGCGGCGAGGAGGCCUUCGAGAUCUGCGCCAAGUUCUGCUACGGCAUCGCCAUCAGCAUCAGCGCCAGCAACUUCGUGCCGGCGGCGCUGGCGGCGCGGUUCCUCCGGAUGACGGAGCACGUCGCCAAGGGCAACCUCGUCUCCAAGCUCGACACCUUCUUCGAGUCCUGCGUCCUCCACGGGUGGAGGGACUCCAUCGCCGCGCUGCAGGCGGCGUGGCGGAUCUCCGGCUGGUCCGAGAGCCGCAUCGUCCAGCCAUGCGUCGACUCCAUUGUCGAGAAGAUCCUCCUCCCGCCCUCCCAGGUCGCGUGGUCGUACACGUACACGAGGCCGGGGUACGCCAAGAGGCCCCACCAGUCGGUGCCCAAGGACUGGUGGACGGAGGACAUUUCCGAGCUGGACAUCGAGGUGUUCCGCUCGGUCGUCUCCACCGUGCGCGCCACGCGCAUGCUCCCGUCGCCGCUCAUCGGCGAGGCCCUGCACGUCUACGCCUGCAAGCACCUCCCGGACCCGCUCUACACCGGCGGAAGCGCCAACGGCCACGCGUCUCAGAGUCAGAGCUCCUCCUUCACGGCGGCGGCGGCGGCGGCUGAGGAGGCGCUCGCCAAGCAGAGGCGCGUGCUGGAGACCGUCGUCACCAUGAUCCCCGGCGACGUGGGCUCGGUCACGGGACGGUUCCUCCUCCGGUUGCUGCGUGUGGCGAACUACGUCGGCGCGUCCUCGUCGACGCGCGCGCAGCUCAUCCGGCAGGCCGGGUCCCAGCUCGACGAGGCCAAGGCGGUGGACCUGCUCAUCCCGCUGCCGUCGGACCCGCAGGCGUACGACGUCGGCGCGGCGGAGGCCGUGCUGGAGUACUUCUUGGCGCAGUUCCAGCGGCCGGCCGCUCCCGACGAGCGCCGGAGGAUGAGCGUCGCCAUGGAGAAGGUGGUCAGAAUCUUCGACGAAUACCUUAAGACGAUCGCCCUCGACAGUGAGUUUCCCAUCGGCAAGUUCAUCGACCUGGCCGAGUGCCUGCCCGGCAUCGCCCGGAGCGACCACGACGGCCUCUACCGCGCCGUCGACACCUACCUCAAGGAACACCCGGACCUGAGCAAGGCGGACAGGAAGCGGCUGUGCCGGUUGAUCGACUGCCGGAAGCUGUCGCCGGACGAGCGGGCUCAGGCGGUAUCCAAUGACCGGAUGCCGUUGCGGACCAUCGUGCAGCUUCUAUUCGUUGAGCAGGAGAGAACAAUCGGCGCGGGCGGCAGCCAUAGCGUCGCGCCACCGGACCGGGCCUCGGUCGAUGCCGUCUCCAGGCUCGCGGCAACAGGCAGAGAGGACGAAGCGGCGGCCAUGGACCACAGGUCGGACGUGCACCGGCCGCGGCGGGCCGGCCAUGAAGAGCGCGCCCAGGGCGAGGCGGCUGCAAUGACGAGGUCGCUAUCGGCGUCGACGAAGACGGCGGCGAGGAAGGACAGGACGGUGGAAGAGCGGGGGAGCAGGCUGAGGAACAAGUGAAGCGUAGUAACUUGCAAGGAGCUUAGAAUUGAUGGCCAUGGAUGAGCUCCCGAGGAGCGCGCAUGGCCAACUUCUUGCUUCUGAUCCCUUCCCAAUUUGUUGGCAUGCAUACCUGUGAUUCUUGAUCAUUUUUCUUACUCGUAUUGGUUUCAGUGCAUCCCAUUUUUUUGGUGGGAGAUGUGGGGGGCGUCAUGGUUGAGAGAGGGGUACAUUUUUGUAAUUAAAUUAAUGGAUGGAGGAAUAAUAAUCGAGUGGCUAUAAUCAUACAAUCUAGGAGUAGCUCACUAAUCAAAGCUGUCCUUCAUUCUUGAA